UCGCUGCCGGGCAGCCGCUCCUCCUCCCCGCAGCUAUGCCGUGAGGGGCGGAGGAUGAGGAAGGCGAGGAGGAUGCCCCAUGCCCGCCGAGCAGCCGGGCUGGCGGCGGCGCCUCCCCCGCGCGGCGGCCCCCGCCUCCCCUCGCCUCAGCGCCUUAAAUGCCUCGGCCGCGGCGGCAACAAAGGCGGGCGGCGGCUGUGAGUGAGGGGCCGGCCGAGGGUCGGCGAGGCGGGGCUGGCGGCUAGAGAACUCAAUUAAAAGGGACAUGGGAGCAUGAAGAAUUGCAUGGAGAGCACAGAUGUGCUGCCCGUGGUGGCAUCUCCUACAGCUCUUACCUGGCAAUCUGCUGCUGCCUGGAAGGGGUUGACAGGAACCUCUGUGGACAGCAAAGGAACCUGGAGAUGAAGGUAUUUCUUGAACUCUUCAGCACAUCACAGAACUGUUGUUUUGGGAUAUCCUGCUUAAGCCCUCGGAGGAAAAUCUGCCAACAGCCAAAAAUGACUUGAGUUGGAGAGCUGCUGCUUUAUCCACAGGGCAAGCUUCCAGUGUCCCAUCUGGGGAUGCACCGUGCACUAUGGUUCACAUCAAUGUGUUGAAAAAGUUCAUGUGUGUUCUUGUGGUGGUACUGGUAGCACUGACAGUUUGCCUGUGGAGAGAAACCAGAAGAAGCUACUAUGAUCCUUUGAAGACCAGGAAUGAUGAUUUGCAGGGGCAUAGGAGCUUGGAGAAAUGGAACACUGUUAAAUCACAAGGCCUUUUCCAUGAAGCAGCCAGUGAACUGGGGCAGGUAUCCAAAAUGUGGCUUGGUCCCCAAAACAAAGUAAAAGGUAGCACGUCUGAAACAGCUGAAAAGUCCAAGAAAGCAGCCUUUGGGAAGGUAUGGGAUAAGGACAGCUCAUCCAGAAAUCUCAUACCCAGGCUGCAGAAGGUCAGGAAAAACUACCUGGCCAUGAACAAGUACAAUGUGACUUACAACGGGAAGAGGAAUGCUAAGCUCAGCCCAGAGAAGUUGCUGUGCCAGCUGCGGGACAGAGUCAAUGUGACCAUGAUCCAGAGGUCGGAUGGUCCUUUCCGUACCUCUGAGUGGCAGCAGUACUUGCCAGGGAAAAGCCUCAGUGAAGCAGUGGGACACCUGGGUCGCUGUGCUGUCGUGUCCUCAGCAGGGUCUCUGAAAUCAUCUCGCUUGGGACAAGAGAUAGACAGCCACGACGCCGUCCUGCGGUUCAAUGGGGCUCCUGUCAGGGGCUUUCAAGAUGAUGUGGGGCAGAAGACAACAAUUCGUCUUGUGAAUUCCCAGCUUGUAACUGUUGAAGAGCAGCAGUUCCUGAGGGAACCUUUAUAUAACACUGGAAUUUUAAUUGUCUGGGAUCCAGCACCAUAUCAUGCAGAAAUUCAUGAGUGGUACAGAAAACCAGAUUACAACUUUUUUGAAAGCUAUAAGGCGUAUCGUAGAGCACAUCCAGAGCAGCCCUUCUAUAUCCUGAAUCCCAAAAUGCAGUGGCAACUCUGGGACAUUCUGCAGGAGAAUUCCCUGGAGCAUAUUCAGCCUAAUCCACCAUCAUCAGGAAUGCUUGGCAUCGUGCUCAUGAUGACGCUGUGUGACCAAGUGGACGUGUACGAAUUCCUCCCUUCCAAGCGGCAGACAGACAUCUGUCACUAUUACCAGAAGUUCCACGACCACGCCUGCACCAUGGGAGCUUACCACCCCCUCCUGUUUGAGAAGAACUUGGUGAAGCACAUGAACCAGGGCACGGAUGAGGACAUCUACACUCACGGCAAAGUCACCCUGCCUGGCUUCCGAAAAGUGCAUUGCUGACAGAUUGGUUUUACUGUGUUUAGUUUUCCUUGACUUUCAAAGCACUUUCUAAAUCAGGGUUGUCAGAUUUGUUAGGUCUAAGCACUGGUGUGUUUUGACAGCUCUUCCAUGUAGCAAGGCUUGCUCUUAGGACUUUGUUGACCAACUGUGAGCUGUAAGGCUCACUGUGGUACAGCCACUGACCUGCAUGAGUCACUGCAAUAAAUGGACUCCCACUGGAGCCAGGCUCUUGCAGCACGUGGAUACCUCUGGCUUCAUCUCAUCUGAUGACGGGUUAGGGGAGGCACAGGAGAGGCUUUCUAAGCAGAGAUUGCACAAGUCGGGAUCGUACAAUGAACAUAGUUUGGUUUGCUUCAAAGGGGUUGUGACAGCCAAAACCCUGGGCCAUUGGGAAACAUGAAAAAUCGUUUAAAAUUUGUUCCUAUAGUCAGGGGCUCUUCAGAGUAGGGAUGAUUUAUGGAAAUGCUGUCAGGCUGUGUAAUGAUAAGCGACACAUCUAAUCCAAAAUAUUUGAUUUUAUAAACAGUCUGUGAACUUCCAAAUUGUAAGACUUCUGGAACCACUCAGGUGACAUUUUUGGCAAAGGAAGAGGAAAGCAAUUCAUAAUUCAGUGAAUCUUGCAAGAGUUUUUAAUCUUCUUUUUUUUUAAUAAUUUAAAAUAAAUUUUAGCAAUCAUUUACUUUUCCAGUACAGUGCUGGGCUUGGUACAGAAGAAUCGUUAUUAUCGGAAAGGUUUUGGCACAAAUGGGAGAACACACUGGAAGUCGGUGCCUUUUUCCAUCUCUCUGCUCCUCUACCUUUGCAAUUGUUGAAUUACUUGCUGUACCCAUUGACACAAACACCACAGAGCUGCUGCUAGAUGAGUUCCAGCCCUCUGCAGGCCAACAGAGGGGCUCUCUCAACUGCUGUGUGCUUUUCUGCAUAGGUGGGGAGCAGGUUUGCCACUUCCAUGAUUCAGGAGUGAUGGGGAGGGAGAGCGUGCUCUACAGUCUCAGGGUGUUGGUGAAAACACCUUCCCUGUCUUCUGUACUCGAGUGUUUCAUCAGGUCUGUAAAGAAAGCUUUCUCCUGUUUUGAAUAAAUCCUGUGAAGUCAU